UUCUCCUCCUCCUUUCUUAAACCCUAAAAAAAAAUCCCUAAAACCCUAACGCCUAGAAGGUUCUAUAAUCCUCCAGACCUUUAAACCCAGCCAAUAAAAACUAUCCAUCAUCCUCCUUCUCCUAUAAUACAAACAAAUUCCAUCUUCAUUCCUCUUGCAUCAGAGAAAAACCGCAAGAAUUUCAAAUUAACCAUAAAAUGGCAAAGCGUUUGAUUCCAACCCUUAACAGAGUUCUCGUUGAGAAAAUCCUUCCCCCUUCCAAAACCACCGUUGGCAUUCUCCUCCCUGAGAAAUCCACCAGGUUGAACUCCGGGAGAGUGGUGGCCGUGGGCCCAGGAGCAAGGGAAAAGGAAGGGAAAACGAUCCCAGUUCCUUUUAAAGAAGGUGACACCGUUCUUUUGCCUGAGUUUGGGGGUACCCAAGUCAAGCUUGGCGAGAAGGAGUUUCACUUGUAUAGAGAUGAGGAUAUUUUGGGCACUCUCCAUGAGUGAAUGGUUCCAAAUUCCUGAUGAGCUUUUUUUCAGUGUUGACAGGGAUAGGUUAGGGUUUGGGGGGGUUUUAAUUAAAUUGGAUGAAGCUGAUUAAUCAUUGGAAUUGGAAUUAUUAUGCCAUUGGAAUUUCUUUUCUUUCCUUUCAUUUGCAGCUCCGCUUGCUUCAUUGAUUGAAUUGUAAGAGCAUUCCUCCUUUUCAAUGCCAGCUUGUUUUCCUUUUCAUGCCAGCUUGUUUUGAGAACUGAUUAGGACUUUGUUAUCAUUUGCCGGAUGUUGACUUGGUUUCAACGUUGAUUAAGGAAUUGAUUUAACAAUUAAAGUAUUAUUAUUAUUAUUAAGUUCUUUAUCGCUGGCGAAAGGAUGGGUGCGAAGUUGCUUUCAAUUUCAUUCCAGCAGCUAAUUGGAUGGAACUGGGAUGAUUUGUCCAAUCAUCCGCCGAUUUUAAUUGCUCAUAAUUCUUCUAAUCAACAGUCCAAUGACAGAUACAAAUACGGCCACACAUUCCUAAUCAAACUGAUUGAGACUCUAAUUUAACAAAAUAGAAAUGAUACGAGGAAUUUAAAUUAAUUUACUUUAUAAUUUUUUUUAUAACUUUUUGUAUGAAUUAUACUCAUUCAACCCUGUUAUUGUAUUUCAUAGUCUAUUCAUGUAGGUAUGUAUGUCAAAAUUUGAGUUAAUUAAAAAUACUUAUCUAUUUGUUCAAUAUAAAAAUUUUGAUUGUGAAAUAUAUUAAAAAAUAAUACUUUUGAUCGAGAUGUGUGCACGGCAGAUAUGAAUAAAUAUGAUGGUGGAAUUGUUAAAAUAUUGGUUGUACAUAAAAUUA